AUGCUCUUCACCAGCCUCAAUCUCCUCUUCUUCUGGAUGACAUGGACAACCCUCGUCCUUUCGCACCCUCCACUCCGAAUUGAAUUGUUCGGCACCCUCGCUAUACGCCUAGUCUUUUACCUCGUGCCAUCAAUCUUCUUCUUCCUCUUCGAUACUAUCCUUCCCUCUGCAGCUUCCUCAAUCAAAGCGCAAGGCCAUAUUGCUCUGCCCUCGGGCCAUAAGCGGCGCAAAAUUAGUCGCAAAGAGAUUAAAAUCAUAGGAUGGUCGCUUUUCAAUAUUCUGCUUAGUAUUGCAGUGCAGGGUGCUACGGAGUUUACUUUGACCAAGGUGCUUCGCAGACGGAGCUUGAUCAAGGUUGCGAUACGGUUGCCGUAUCCUUGGGGCAUCACGAUUGAUAUUGUGCGAGGGUUUAUUGUUAGAGAGAUUAUGAACUAUACUAUUCAUCGUUUUAUACUUCAUAAUGAUAGACUGCGUGUUAAUCGUCUGCAUGAAACAUGGUACCAUGGCCUACGAGCACCCUGGCCCUUGACGGCCCAUUACGACCAUCCGCUCUGCUAUCUAUUGUGGAAGUUCCUUCCCGUCUACGUACCAGCGGCACUAUUCCGCUUCCACAUGAUUACAUACAUGGUCUUCCUCGGACUCGUUUCUCUCGAAGAAACCUGGACGCAUUCCGGCUACUCCAGUAUGCCCCUAGGAUUUGUGCUAGGUGGAAUAGCUCGUCGUACAGAGAUGCAUGUGAUUUCAGGCGGAGAUGGGAAUUACGGCGCAUGGGGAGUUUUGGAUUGGUUGGGUGGGUCUACCGCCGAUGAAAGCGAGACGAUUGAGGAGGAUGUGCGAGCGGAGCUUGCGGACUUGGAUAUUGAUGCGAAGAUUCGCAAAGCGGUUCAGGAUGCGACUGAUCAUAUAGGGGAUUCUCUUGCAAAGGACAAGCUCAAGACACGAAGAAGAAGAGUCAACGGCAAAGCCUGA